UGGCAUGGUGAGGACACUGCUGAAAGCCCCAUCCUCUCCCUUCCCAGGCUGUAUCCCCGCCCCACAUCUCCUCACUGGCUCUCCUCCCUCCCCUCUCCCCCUGCAGAUGCUGUGGCUGCUGGUCCUGACUCUCCCCAGUCUGGGGGGCUCUGUACCUAUGACCUCAGAUCCUGGCCCAGGGACUGAGCUGAUGGGCAUUGUGGGUGGGCAUGAUGCUGCCUAUGGGAAGUGGCCGUGGCAGGUGGGCCUGUGGAACUUUGAUCCAACAAGUAAACAGUGGAUUUUCUGGUGUGGGGGCUCCCUCAUCCAUCCCCAGUGGGUGAUGACCGCUGCCCACUGCAUUCCAGGGACAAACCCAGUGACUCGGCACAUUAAGGUCCAACUAGGACGAGUGAGACGCUCAUACAAUGACAGUGUGCAGGUGGCCCAGAUCAUCCGCCACCCCAAGUACAGCCUUGAAAUUGAAGCAGAAGGUGGGGCGGACGUGGCACUUCUCAAACUGGAGGCCCCCGUGCGACCAUCUAACCUAGUCAGAUGGAUCCGCCUCCCGCCAGCUUCCUCUGCAUUCCUACCAGGCACACGGUGCUGGGUGACUGGCUGGGGCCACAUUGCUCCUGGAGGUGAGAACCAGGGGAUGCAUGGGAGUGGGAGGAGGAGACUGAGGGCGAUGCAGGGGGCAGGACAGGCUUUACAGAGGCUCAGCUGGGGUCUGAGCUCGGGUCCCUCCGGGGUCUCCCUUGGGUGUAGGAGGCAGACAGCUCGAGAGGAGUCUGUUAAGGAGCGGAGACCAAAGUAGCAAGAGUGAGGCAUGGCCAUGGGCAUCUUUUUAAAAAAAAUAUCACCCAAGGAUAUUUUUUCAAUGAUUUUUAGAGAGAGUGGAAGGGAGAGCAAUAGGAAACAUCGAUGUGAGAAGCAUAUCUAUUAGUUGCCUUUCCGGCCCGGGCUGGGGAUUGAACCUGCAACCAAGGUACUUGCCCUUGACCAAGAAUCAAAUCUGAGACCCUUUGGGUCAGUGCUCUCACCACUGGAAACACUUGCCAAGGUGCCAUGGGCAUUUCUCUCCAUCACUCUGCACCAGGCCAUGUCCUCCCUUACAGGCGUCCCCAUUCUCCAUGAGUGUCAAUAGUGGGAUGGAGAACGAGGAGGAAGAACUUCAGUGAUGAGCUCAAGGAUUCACUAUUAAAUGGACAAAGUCAAAUUUGACAGUAGGGCCGCUCACUCUGCAUUUCUUGGGGAAAGCACUUGCUCUGAUUUUUCCCAAUAAAAAUUAUUUGUGGAUAAAAAUGUAUUUCUCUGUUUCUUUUUGGAGCUUGGUGCCCACAGUGUCAGCCUAGAGAUUAUCAGCCCAUUGGC